UGCGCGCCAAUAGAACGAAGCGGAGACCCACAGCAACAGAAAUAGUGGGUUCGCUACACUUUCCUCCUCCCUCUCUUCGCAGUAAAUCGUCUUCCCUAUCUCCAGUAGCUACGUUUUCUAUAUAACGCGCAGCACGUAGCCACCACUUCUGACUACUCGGGGAUGGCUCAGCAACUGAAGAUUCCCUGGCAGUACGCCGGCUACGGUGUACCUCAGCAGCGUGUUUACCAACCACCACCUCUACCGCUCGGAGCCGCACGGCGUGGCGAGGGAGAAGAAAACCCCGGAGCCUCACCCAAACUGUCUCCUCGCUCUCCCGGCGCGGCCCUCGCUACUAGCGGGAAGCGACCCAGACCUCCUGCCACUGCGACGGACAGUAAGUCAAAGGAAGAGUCGCCACAGAGAAAGACGGGUAGCCAAGGGCUGUCUAGUACGCCUCACGCACGAGGAAGAAGAGGUCUGUUCUGGAGCUCCUGCCUGGCGGAGUAGGAGAGUCGUCCUCCAGGCUCCUGGGCUGCCAUCGACACAUCAACUGCUGCAGAAACACUCCUACAUUGACUCAGGGAAGCUAAAGACACUACCACUGAAGGAGAGUAAUGUGGAGAGGAAGAGAGAGGGAGAGAAAGGAGGAGGGAGAGGGAAAGAGGGAAAGGAACAAAGGAAGGAGAGACAGAAACCGCUACUCACCAAGAAACAGGCCUGGCAGGAAGGUCACAAGAUAACAUGGGAUAAACAGUAUGCGGUACUCCUGGUGUGACCUGUUGCACCAUGCAGUCAACUGCCACAUCUCUCCUCUCUCCUCCCUCUCCCCGUCUUCCUGCCACUGGGCCGGCUGCAACACCACCCCACUGAGAAUGAAACCCUCUCUCAUACGACAUCUAAAGAUCCAUCAUUGUAGUCCAGGUCCCAAGCCCAUUCCACCCUCUGUGGCAGUUACUCUAGCAAAACUGAAACAUUGUCCUCCUCUUGAGAAUGAAGUGGAAUCUCCUCUGACAAAGGUGGUUCGUGUGACAGCUGCUCUGGUCCUCAGAAACCUGUGUCGAAUGGCUCCCUCCACUCACUGGUAUACAACACCUCUCACCUGCUUUGUUUCUUCACCUUUUAGUACAUUUUAUCCCAACACCCACAUGUUCUAUAAAUUAUACAUGAUAUGCAUAAUCCCUCUCUUACUUCAUUACCCUCACUCCCUCUCUCCCAACAGUCAGAUAAGGAGACAUGAACACAGACUAAGUGAAGUGGCUCUGUCUGACAGAGAAGCUGCUCACGCCAUUACAGAGUGUCUCACCUAUUUAAACCUCCCUCCUCCUUCUCCUCCCUCCCUCGCUGCUAACCCUCAUAAUAACACUGUCACACAUCAUCAGUUGACUGAAAACUCAUACAGCUCUCCCUAAUGAUUCUAUUGUUACAUUUCAUCAGUCUUUCAACCUCAG